CGGCUGUGCGGAUCCACACUUCAGGAUCACUGGCUCUCCGGGGCGGUAGAGAGUCCACGACCGCUCAGGUUGACUCCAAGUACUCUCAGUCCCUCGCUGCUCCAUGGACGCACCGGCAGCCUCCACACCAUGCACCUCUGAACGCUCACAAACGCCGUCUGUUGUUUAGCCUGAGCGGCGGGAGAGAGGGGAAAAGUCUGCUGGAUCACUUUCUAUAUUCUCCGUGGAGGAAGCGGUGCUGUUUGCCCCGGGUCUACCUGCUCGCACAGCACCCAUGAAUUCAGAUAAAAAUGUGUACCUCGGCAGAGACAAAGGCAUCAUGCGGAAGAGAGCCCUGCUCCUUCGGAAAGGUUGCAGCUUCGAGAUUACCAGCUCCGCCUCGGAGGACCUGGGCUGCAGGCGCGGAGACUUCAGCAGGAAACACUAUGGGUCGGUGGAGCUGCUGAUUUCCAGUGACGCAGAUGGGGCUAUUCAGAGGGCAGGACGCUUCAGGGUGGAGAAUGGCUCAUCGGAUGAGACUUCGGACUACACCCCAGGAACCUGGAGGAGAACCGAUGUCCAUCUGGAGAAUCCAGAGUACCACACCAGAUGGUUCUUCAAAUACUUCCUGGGAAAAGUCCACCAGAACUAUGUGGGUACAGAUGCAGACAAGAAUCCCUUCUACCUGUCAGUUGUCCUCUCAGACCAGAACAACCAGCGGGUUCCUCAGUACAGAGCUAUCCUCUGGAGAAAGAUGGGAACUCUGAAGAUCAGCCUCCCGUACAGCCCGACCAAAACACUAUCGGUCAAGUCCAUCCUCAGUGCAAUGAACAUGGACAGGUUUGAGAAAGGCCCCAGGGAGAUCCUCAACCCUGAGAUUCAGAAGGAUCUGCUGGUGCUGGAGGAACAGGAGGGUUCUGUCAACUUCAAAUUUGGUGUCCUGUAUGCCAAAGACGGACAGCUCACAGAUGACGAGAUGUUCAGCAACGAGACGGGGAGCGAGAGCUUCGAUAAGUUUCUCAAUCUGCUUGGUGAAAACAUUACUCUGCAGGGAUGGGCAGGAUACCGCGGAGGGCUCGACACAAAGAAUGACACUACAGGAAUGAAGUCCAUCUACACAGUGUAUCAGGGCCAUGAGCUAAUGUUCCAUGUGUCCACCAUGUUACCCUACUCCAAAGAGAACAAACAGCAGGUGGAAAGAAAGAGACACAUUGGAAAUGACAUUGUCACCAUCGUAUUCCAGGAAGGGGAUGACGCAUCGUCAUCCUUCAAACCAUCGAUGAUCCGAUCGCACUUCACCCAUAUUUUUGCUUUAGUUCGGUAUAAUAGCCAGAAUGACAGUUACAGGUUGAAGAUUUUCUCAGAGGAGAGCGUUCCACUGUUUGGACCCCCUCUCCCAUCUCCAUCUGUAUUUACUGAUCACCAAGAAUUCAGGGACUUUUUAUUAGUCAAAUUAAUCAAUGGAGAGAAAGCCACACUGGAGACGCCAACGUUUGCCCAGAAGCGUCAGCGGACCCUCGAUAUGUUGAUCCGCUCGCUCUACCAAGACCUCAUGCCUGACCUGCACAAGGUUCCUUUUUCUCCCCAGAACAUGUUAAAUCGACGGUCAUUCAGCGACGUCCUGCCCGAGUCUCCAAAAUCAGCACGCAAGAAGGAGGAGGCACGGCAGGCUGAAUUUGUGAGGAUAGGGCAGGCCCUGAAGCUGAAGACCAUUGUGAGAGGAGAUGCCCCCACCAGUCUUGUUACCACAGGCCUGUGCAGAAAAGAGCCAUGGGAGUCCCAGUCGUUCUGCAGCACCUUCCCCUAUGAGAUGGUGUGCGCCGACUCCUGGGGUCAGUCGCUGCUGGGCGCCACCGACACAGCGGGGGUCAUGCUGCUGGAUGGCCCAGAUCCAGCUUCAUCCAACGCUGAGACGCAGGCUCUGCCUCCGGUGCAGGUGUUCGACAAAACCAUGGUGGUGAAGCAGAUGCACGUUCUCGAGCCUCAGGACCUGCUCAUCACCAGGGCCGACAAAGGGAAGGACGCUCGGGUCUAUGUGUUCAGACUCAACACGCUCAAGAGAGGCCUGGAGGAGAAGCAGCUCGUCAGGAGCAAGUGUGACAGUCGGGAAAAUAAACUGGAGAAAACUAAAGGCUGUCAUUUGUACUCCAUCAACACCCACCACGGCUCCGAGCUGAGGAUAGUAGCAGCCAUCAGGAACAAACUCCUCCUCAUCACCAGGAAACAACCGCGAUUCGAGGGCCUCAGCGCCGUCUCCGCGGGACCGGACUCGCCAGUGGAGGAGUUCCAGUACAUACGGGAGAUCUGUCUGUGUGACCCUCCGAUGGUGAUGGCGCUGGUGGACGGCCCGACGGGGGAAAAUGACAACAUGAUCUGUGUGGCCUACAAACACCAGUUUGACCUGAUCAAUGAGAGCACUGGAGAUGCCUACCGGCUACAUCACGUAGACGCCAACAGGGUAAAUUUUGUAGCAGCCAUCGAUGUGUAUGAAGACGGCGAGGCGGGUCUGCUGUUGUGUUACAACUAUAGUUGUUAUUAUAAGAAAGUGUGUCCGUUUAACGGCUCCACACCCAUGAUCCAGUCCAACACCUCGGACUUCAACUUCAGCUGGAACCAGAUGCCCAACGCUAUUGUUUGCGCAUUUCCUUACAUCCUGGCCUUCACAACGGACUCCAUCGAGAUCCGACUGGUGGUAAAUGGCAACCUGGUUUACACCGCAGUGGUUCCAGAGCUGCAGUUGGUUGCUUCACGGUCCGACAUCUAUUUCGUUUCGUCGGCUCCGGUCAGCUCGGCCUCCAACUGCAGCUCAAGAGAUACCAGCUCCCAGAGUUCCCCGCAGACGCCCACCGGCUACGAGAUGCCCGUGUUCCCCUCGCCGCUCGGUGAUGAUUCAAUACGGAUCCCCUAUGGUACCAAGCUUUCCCUGUACAUGUCUAAGGAUGCCGAAGGUGAAGCAGCAUGUAAGCAAAUGUUCAAGAUCCCUCUGUGUAACUUGGUCGGCCGCAGCAUUGAGAGACCCCUCAAGUCCCCGCUGGUCAACAAGGUUAUGACGGCGCCGGCUCCCGCCAUAGUGCCGCCGACUCCCCUCAUCUCUGCAACACACUCACUGUCCCUCUCACGCAUGGAAAUCAAAGAGAUAGCCAGCCGCACGCGGAAGGAGCUGCUUGGCUUGACAGAGGAGCCAAGUGGGAAGUCGGACAGUGGGUCGGUCAAACAGAGGAAGAUGAGCAAGAAGAACACGGAGGAGGAGCCCAAAGCGCGAGCACUGACGUCGACAAACAGCGACAGGUUAGAGUCAGAGUCUUUUGACGCAGACCUGGACGCCCAGCUGCAUGGUUCGUCCAGUUCGGAGGCUGAGCCGGAGAAGGCGCUGCUGCUGGGGGAGAGCCCGCCUCUCGCCAGCGCGUUUGCCCUCUCGACUUCCUUUGAAGAAGAUGUCCUGGACCUAAAGUGAAGACAAUCCCAUCGUGCACUUCUCGGCCCACCCACUCCUGUACUGUCACCAUUACUUUUAUCGUUUGGAAUCCUUUGUUCUUGUCUUGUUUUUUUUGUUAGUUUGUUGGUUUGUUGAUUUUAAAUCUACAGACUCACCAGUCAUUGGACAAGACGAGUACAUUGGGAGUUAGAUGCUGUGUCCGUGAGCCUGUCAGUCUUCGUGAGCUGUCCCUCAGCCGCUGCGUGUUGGGUGUUUGUGUUGCCCCGCACGAAAAAUACCCAAAGAGGCGAUGAGGUCAUGGCAGAUGCCGUGGUUUAUUCAGAGUUCUGCAAUGUUUUUCGAGACAAUGUAAACGGUUUGAUCCCGAACCUCAAACUGAAUGUAAAUCUACACAUUGAGGCAAGGCUAAAGCCCUCGCGUUCACAAUGCCCUCGGAAGUUGCUAGAGCUUAAUAUGUGUUGUAUAUUAUGUGAUUAUUUCCAAUCCACUUUCAAAUGUUGUAAGAUAUGCAUAUAUGUGUGUGUGUGUGUGUGCAUCUGUUUAUACAUGGAAAUGCAUACACAGUAACAGGCAUGUGUGCUUGUCAUGCCUGUGAUGCAUAUUUAUAGAUAUAUUAUAAAAAUCCAUUUUAUUCCCAGAUUUAGUAAAAGUAUGAUGUUUUA